AUGUGGCGUCAGAAGGCUAAUAAGUCGGAGGAAGAGGUCAACAGCGCACGAAAAAGUGAAACAGAGGCCCUUGAAAAGCAGUCUCUAGCUGAACAACGAGCGCUAAAGGCCCGCAAGUCAGAGACGGUGAUUAACAAAUUACGCGACGAGAUUGUGCACUUGAAGGCCGACUUGAAGGACAGUACAGACAUGCAGAUUAGACUGGAAAAGGAAUCUAUGCGAGCAACGGCAAUGGCGGAUACGGUCCAACGACUUGAGGACAUACGUCAACGGCAAGCCAAUAAAAUCGGUGAAUUAAUGUCUGUUCUGGAGUCCCAACAAGCUGCUACUGCAAGGAAAAUUUUACAGAGGGAUGAGAACCAAAGUGUCUUUUCUGAAGAAAUGCAGGAAAAUUACAAACUGGUAGAUGAACUGAGGAAGGAGAAUGUGGAUGUACGUAAGGCUGGUUUUCGUUAUUCUUGGAUUGGGAUUUUUAGACGCAAUGUUAAAAAUAUUCUUAUGUGCUUCACUUUUGGCUAA